AUGUCACCACAACUUCGCUCACUAUUCUCAAAGGACCGCGGUCCGCCUAAUGCUGAAGAGUAUCUGCAGACUCUUCUCCAAGAAUGCUCACUCCCGGUGUAUAUGCGACCAGCCCUAAUUUUGCCAAUUGAUAGGAUGCCGGUAAGCCAAAACUUCAAGCUGGAUCGGGCCGCCCUUGGACAGCUUCCGCUGCCAAAGGCUUCCGUUCCAAACGACGAAAAUGACGACUUGACAACUCUGGAACGUCGAAUGAAGAACAUUUGGCAUAAGGUACUUCCUCCAACUGCUAUGGAUGCGCAUGUCAUCACUGCGACCUCGGACUUCUUCCAUGUGGGAGGUAACUCGAUGCUCAUGGCGCAUUUACAGAAAGAGAUAGUGCAGAGCUUCGGCGACAACAUUCCCUGGUCCAAAUCUUUGAAAAUAGUACACUCGCGGAAAUGGCCAUCCUUUGCGGGAGUCAGGUGCAUGAUGAAAAAUCUUUCACGUUCAUAG